ACAGCUGAUUAGGCCGAAGUUCCCGAACGAAGAUUUCGACCGAUUUUACACAACACCACGAAGCCUAUUUAGCGGACUAAAUUUAAAAUGAGACCGUCCGACGAAACAACAACGACCGAUUGUGAUCGUGAGCUUCGCGCCGACUGCUGCUAAAAUUAGAUCAGUGUGAAGUGAAAAAUCGGCGCGCAGAAAAUCGGGAAAUCAUGGAUAUCUUGCAAAUGAUCUCUGACACCCUCAGCAUUAUCACAAUUUCGUUAUGCCUCAUCCUCAAGGUUCCGCAGAUUAUAAAUCUGUUCAAGCUCAAGUCGGCUAAAGGCAUGAAUCUGCCCGGACUUUUCCUGGAGCUGACAAGUUACACCGUUAUGACCUGUUACAACUACUGCAAUGGAUACUCUCUAAUGUCGUACAUGGAGUACCCUAUUAUUCUUGUGCAAGAAUUGGUACUCAUUUUCCUUGUAUUAAAAUACAAGAAUCUCGUGAACACGACGAGCAUUGCUGGAUUCGGGGUCUACCUGGCCGUGCUGGCAGCCUUUGGCCUGAAAAUUGUUCCCACGGUCAUUCUCUCUAUCCUAGCUCCGAUGUGCACGCCUAUUUCUGCUUCAAGUAAAAUUGUGCAAAUUGUUGCCCUGAUCAGAAGCAAGGAUUCCGAGUCCAUCAGCGUGCUCACCUGGUUCCUCUCCGCGUUUACAAAUUUUUCUCGAAUCUUCACCAUUUACCUGGACUCUGCGGAUCUGACUCUACUGACAAAUUUCGCAAUUUCCACAUUCCUGAGCACCUCCAUGAUGCUUGCAACUAUUUAUUACAAGAACCCCAAGAAAGACAAAGAAGUUUAAACUCGAAAUUGCCAUUCAGUAUCAAGCUUUGCUUAUGACACUUGCCUCAUGCGGUCAAUUGAUUUUUGUUCCUAUUUAACCUAUUGUCAAUUUUGCCUAUUUACCUGGAUAUUAUUUUAAAUUUGUAAUUAGGCUAGUAUUAUAAUGAAAUCUUAAUGCUCAUUUGAAUCGACGUUUGUCGAUGGAUUUCCUGCUUGGUUGAGCGAGCCUAUUUGUUGGACAGUAUUUUGCCAAAAGCUCUCUGUGUGUUCAUUUAUUUUACUCAAGCCUGUUAAAAUAGGAAUGUUAAUCCUGCACAUCAACAAAUCAUUUUGCAGAUAUUAGUUAUAAUUUAGUGAAGAUGUGAUUUCGAUGCUUUUAGAUUUGAAGAGAUUAGGUAUUAUAAUAAUUGAAGGACAUGUCAAACACAAGACAAGUAUUAUUCACUGUGAGCUAGAAAUAAUUACCACAGUCAUAUUUUUAAAUCAAAAUUUGCAAAAAUCAAACUGAAUAAAUAAUAGCAAACCCUGCAAAAA